UUCCUAGUCCGGAGGGAGCGCGCCGCCGCCGCCGCCGCUCGCCAUGGAGUAUCAGGAGGCUGCUCAGUGGGCCGCCCUACACUUGGAGAGCUAUCGGAAGGACCCCAGCGGCUGGAGCAGCUGUAAGCAAACGAAUAAAGUUUCAAUAUCUUGGAGACCUUCAACUAUAUUUCGUGGAAACCUUUACAAAGCAGAAGGAAUUUUACCUGCAAAACCAGAGGCUGUGUUUAAAUGUAUAAAGCCAGAGACUGGUGGACUUCGAGAAAAAUGGGAUGAAAAUGUGAAGGAGAUAGUAGUUGUGGAAUCCAUAAACAAAACUGUUUGUGUAAUAAGAACAACUACCCCAUCAGCUUUUAUGAAGAUCAUCUCUCCAAGAGAGUUCUUAGAUGUGGUCCUGAUUAAACAGGAUGAGGAUGGCAUGAAAAUGACUGCUGCAACCAACGUAGAGCAUCCCCUCAGUCCGCCUCAGCCAAAUUAUGUGAGAGGCUUUAAUUUUCCCUGUGGCUGCUUCUGCAUUCCUGUUCCAGGGGAUCCAAAUAAGACCCAGCUGAUCAGUUUCUUUCAGACCGAUCUAAGUGGCAACCUUCCACAGAAAGUCGUUGAAUCUUUCUUUCCAAGCAGUAUAACAGGGUUUUACAGCAAUCUGGCAAAUGCAGCAGUAAUAUUAGUAGCUUAAGGUGUUCCCCAUUCCCCCCACCUCUAGUCUCAAAGGGAAAACAUAGCUGGGCUAUAUAUUAAUAAUCCUGAGUUUGCACUUUGCAAAGGCACAAGUGGUUCCUGGGGCUGAAUGCAGAACUGUGGUCUAAUCAAAAAGAUACACACAAAUUUCUCCCUUAAUUUAGAUGGAGAACACAUGAGCCCAUGUCUGGAAUUAAGUAGCGUUUCAUUCAUACUGUGGUUUGACCUUGCUAAGGACUCUGAAAAGAAAUGAGUCUCUCCAGGUUCUGGUUCGUAAGAGGCUUUCCAACAUAAUGACAUCUCAAAAGGAAAGGGUUGGACAGUAAUUCACUGUUCUACACUUUCUCUGUAAAUCAGAAAAACUAGUAAGAAAAUCUGGUGCUCUGUAUGGAUGAAUUUGCCAAAUUCCAUUCCUUGCUUUGUUUUUCACAGUGAUGACAUCACUUAGACCUCCUGAGUUUAGCUCUCCACCCAGGUACCUACCAAAGUUCUUUUCAUGUGGUCUAGUUGUUUGAGGCCAACAAGGCACUUCCUGCUGAAGUGAAAAAGACUCUGAAGAAACCACAUUUGUUUUUCAGUUAUUCUCCUGCCAUACCACCUAAAUAAUAAAUCUCUGCCUGCAUAAAGCCAGCAUGGCAGGGGAAAAAAAUCCUAACCCACUUGCUAGCCUUCUGUAUGAAGAGAUAUUUAUACAGAGAAACCUUCAAGUAUAUGAAACUCUUAAGCAUCGGAAAAAAUGUGGUUAUAGUAAGUUUUUGGUUGACAGCUGUUAGAGAAAAUGUUUAACCAGAGACUCAGACAACCAUCUGUCAGUUUUGCACUGUAGAUCCUGUGUAGAGAAAAGGACCUCUGAAAACACCUCCCCGUUCCAGGAUUCUGCCCUCCUAUACUCUCCCUAGAGCAUCACAUGACCACUGAUCUCAGGCAAUAACAUUUUCUAAAUCUUAGGAGGUUUUUCAAAUGUGCUGUUAUACAUUAGAAAUAAAAAAGAAGGUGCUCUGAA